CUGUUUUGCUGUGCCCAGGGCCCGACGCUCCGAAUUCGCAUAAUUUUUGCACCGCCACGCGCGCAGGGCGCGAACCGCCAAGGCCUCCUCGCCAUGGCCCACUGCGCGCCGGGCCCCUCCGCGCCCCCGCCCGCGCCGCACCCCUCGGCGCCCAAGGGCGCUGCCUCCUCCGCCGAGCGCGGGCGCCGCCUCCGCCCCGAGGCGGUGCAGGCCGUGCCCACCCCCUGCGCGCGGGGCGCGCACGCCCCCCGCGCGGGCCCGCGCGCGGCGGCGCCCCGGAGCCCCUCGCCCGCGCGGCCGGGGCCGCCGCCGAGCUCGGCGGCGCCCGCCGCCGGAGGGAGCCCUGCCGAGCGGCCUGCGGACUCGGAGCAGGUGCCGCUGGUGCUGGUGCCGGGCAGUCGGAUCGAGUAUUUCAGCAGGUCUAACGGCUGCUGGAUGCCCGUGCGCGUGGCCCGCGUGGACGCGGAGACGGGCGAGGUGGUGCUGGACGUGAAGCCGAACUCUCCGCUGUCGCUGGAGGAGCAGCGGUGCCUCCUGCGGCCGCGGACGCAGCCGGGCCCCUCGCAGCUCGACUGGGUGCGCCAGGUGCUGCGCGAGGGGCGCAUCGAGGCGGAGUCCGAGGCGCUCUUCGAGCGCUACGCGAGGCCCUCGGGCGGCGUGCGCCUGGUGCUCUGGGAGGACGCGCUCGCCGUGGGAGCGGCGCUGGACGCGCUGCUGGGCACCAGCGGCGCCGCCUGCUGCGUGCAGCAGCGCACGGAGGAUGCGGGGGGCCACGGGCUCUCGAUGGGGGCGUUCCGCGAGGUCUUCUGGGAGCUGCUGUGGGGCGUGCAGUGCGAGUGCGGGCAGGCCAUGCAGCACCGGGCCGUGCCGACGCUGCCGCAGUCCGGCAGGGCCUUCGAGGAGGCGUACGACCUGGGGCGGGACCUGGGCUCCGGGACAUUCGGCCACGUGAAGAUGGCGACGGACAGGAGGUCGGGCACCCAGCACGCGGUGAAGAUCAUCAGCAAAGCGAAGAUGCUGGAGCGCCCGCACCUGGACUCAGAGGUGGACCGGCUCAGCGCCCUGGACCACCCCAACAUCGUCAAGCUCUACGGCCAUUUCGAGGACGACCAGCAGAUCUACCUGGUCAUGGAUUUCUGUUCGGGCGGGGAGCUGCAGUCGGUCAUUUUCGAGAGCAUCGACUCGCGCCAGCAUCUGCGCGAGGCGUUCGUGGCCUGUGUGAUCUGCCAGGUGCUGCUGGCCAUCUCGCACGUGCACUCGCGGGGGAUCCUCCACCUCGACCUCAAGCCUGGCAACAUCCUGCUGAUGCCCAAGAAGCGGACGCUGCCCCCCGGGCGCCGGCCAGCUGCCGGUCACACGCUCUGCGACCUCGGCGAGAGCCCGCACGUGAUGGUGAUCGACCUGGGGGUCGCCCAGGUCUUCCGGCCCGGCGUGUUCGAGUGCGCAGGCCCGCGGGGCACGCCCACCACCAUGGCCCCGGAGGCCUGGCGCGGCGAGUUCACCCCGAGGGCCGACGUGUUCAGCUGCGGCGUGGUGCUCUUCGAGCUGCUGACGCUGGAGCUGCCCUUCGAGUGCCCCGCCGACCUGGACGCCGACGCGGCGCGGCGCUACUGGGCCACGCGCCCCCGCCCGCCGUGGGACAUCGCGCGCCACCGCUCCGCGGACGCGGCGGGCAUGUGCUCCGCCAUGGUCGCCCUGGAGCGGCGGAAGCGCCCCGAGGCGCGCCAGUGCCUCCAGGCCCCGUUCCUGGCCGGCUGCCCCGCCAGGGCCGCCGCCGCGCCCGAGGCCCUGGCCAGCGCCGACCCGGAGCAGGGAGCGGCGGCCGCCGCGGCGCGCGAGCGCCUCGUGCUGCGCCUGGCCGCGGCCCCGGAGCGCAGCCUGCUGCACACAGUGUGGCCUUGUCCAUCGCGCGGGCCUGGCCGGCGAACCAGCUGCCCACGGUGCAGCGGCUCUUCCAGGAACUGGACGUGGCCGGCACCGGCGUGCUGCAGCUGGGCCGCGUGA